AUGAUCGGACUGCUGCUGCUAGCGCUGAUCGCCGCCGCCACCGUCGCCGACGACGCCUACACGCUGCCAUGGUUCCAGUACGAAGGCGACUCGCACUACGAGUUUGGCCUCGCGCUCGGCGAGCAUUUUCGCGCGACGAUCCAAGCGCGCGUGGCGGCGACCCAGGCGCUGCAGGCGACGCUGCUGCCGUUCUACGCGACGCCGGCGGGCGAAGCCAUCUACAACACGUAUCUGGCGACGCACAACCGGACGUUCCCGGCGUACGUCGAGGAAGUCUUGGGCAUGGCCCAUGGCAGCGCGGUCGCCUUCUCGACGCUCUUUAUCCUCAACAUCAUUGAAGAGUACUCAACGUCGAUGCGCGUGGCGUUGACCGACAACUGGCUCCGCCCGGCGCCGGCGGUUCACUGCACCGACAUUGUACUGCACACGACCAACACGUGCAUCGUAGCACACAACGAAGACAGCGGCCUUGCGGACGUCAACCGGACAGCCGUCGUCACGGCCAAAAUCCAAGGCAACGCGUGGUUCACCGCGUACACAUACCUCGGCGACCUGCCGUCCGGUGCGUUUGGCGCAAACGACAAUGGCGUCGCCUUCUCACUCAACUAUGUCGAGCCCUUGGACAUUGACUCGAACGGCCUCGGGCGCGGCUUUGUGUCGCGGGAUCUCUUGGCAGCCACGAGCUACGACGAUGCCAUUGAGCGCGUGACGCAGCCCAACCAAGCGACGGGCCACAACAUCCAGUUGAUGGACACGGUGCACCAACGCGUCGCCAACAUCGAAGUGGCGUCGUUCAACCGAUCGGUUGUCACGGAGAUCGCGGCCGGCGACCCGACGUUUUUCCAUACAAAUCAGUACCAGACGCUCCUCUUACGACAGCCCAUGUCGCCGAGCAGCUAUCAUCGAUUGCGGCGGUACCGGCAUCUCACGCCGCCACGCAGCAUUCAAGCGGUUCUCGAGGUCCUCGGCGAUCAGGGCGACACCUCGUACCCGAUUUUCCACGAUGCGACGUCCCACGCGGCCGGCGAGCUCUCCAACUGGACGCUUCUGACGGUCAUUUUUGAUGUGCUCAACCGAAAGGCGUACUUUUUACAGCCCCAAGUCAACCCACGCGUCGCCAGCGUCAUCAUGGUUCUCGAUCUACGCAACGUCAACCACGUCCAAGUGCUUCGGUCGGUCCAGGAGCGCGUCGAUGCGGCCUUGCGCCUCCUCCAACUCUAA